UUAAUAUGAACAAAAUGUGACAGUAAGUGCAAGGUGAAUCGUCAGUUAGUUCUAACACGAAAGUGCAAUGAUUCAGAUUAACACAAUACCAAGGGUGGUUCUGGGUCUAUUACUCUUGCUGUCGGUGUGCUUUACCUAUAAAAUAGACUGGCAAUGUGAUUGGGAUUUAUACUAUUGUGAUUAUCCCUACAACAUAGAACAAACCCUGCACUUUAGGUGUAGAGACAUUGAUGACUGCCCAGAUAAUUUUAUGUGCUGCAGUCAUAGAUGUUUCAGACAUAAAAUAUGUCAACCUUCCAAAAAUAUCCCCCAAACUCCAAAACUGCCAUCGAAUAAUUUCGAAAUAAGACCAGGGCAAUGUGACAUUAUUGUAACUUGUGAUACACCUUUGCCGGCAGCUUUUACCAAAUCAAUGGAAUGCCUCCAAGAUGAUGACUGCCCUGACAAUUACAAGUGCUGUUUUGUUAGUUGCUACAAUCAUAAAGUAUGUCAGCCAGUAAAAGAUGUAUUUGGAAAAACUUUCACUGAGCCAGCACUAUUCACAAAAACGACGGCAGAUGACAAUAUAUCUAACAAUAGUUUAUCAGAAUCUUCAGUGACAAAAACAACCAUCAGCAAAAUUUCUACUGAAAGUACUAAAGCAACGGUAGUAAGUGAAACGAUUCCAAAUUAUAUUUCGGUUACUACCACAACUACGUUAGAAGAAAUGGAGGAAUUACCGAGUAUAACUAGAACGGAACCUACAACAUCGGCAGAAUUCGAAAUAACCAGUAUCAAACAUUUCCAAGAACCCAUUACUACAACAUCACAAGAAAUAAUUGGAAGUUUAACGGAACCAUUCACAACAACAACAAGGAGAACCACAGAAGCGACUUUUAGUGAAAGUGCAACGAAGCCUUCGAUAUUAACAACAUCAGGAACGAUCACGUAUGCUACUACCAUCAAAAGUUCAACAGAACCUGCCAAUUCAACAUCGACUCUAAAGUUAACUACAAAUAGAAUUUUAACAGAAAAUUCCACAUUAACAGAGGACUUUGAGGCAAGUGGUGACCUAGAGGUAAUUUAUGAUGAUGAUGAAGAUGGAAGGAAAGAGUUGGAAGACGACGUUAAUUCUACAACUUCCACAUUGCAGCAGACGAAAGAUUUGAUAGAAGCUACCAUCAGAACCACUUUGUCUCAGACGCUACCAAGAGAACUAAGCACAAAAAAUAAUGACUUCGAGGCCAGUGGAGAUUUAGUGACAACUGAAGAUGACGAGGACCAGAGGAAAGAGGAAGAGGAUAAUUCACCGAAAUUAAUAAUUAACGCUACAGCUUCUACAUCAACAGCAGCUCCGCAAUCAAAAAUUAGCAAUGACUCAAUAGAUAUUACGGUCAGAACCACUCAGCCUCAGCCUCAUGUUGGAUCAACAAAUUUCAUUACUGAAACUGAUGACUUCGAAACAACUGUUGUUUUAGAAAUAACAGAAUAUGAUGGAGAUGAAAGAAAAGAAGGGAUAAAUGAUAUUUCUACGACUAUACAAAAAUUAAUAAGCAAUACAACUUUUAAGUUAACCACUCCUCAACAGAUUGACAGUAGGAAGAAAGUAACGGAUAUUACAAUGGUAACUACUCAGACUCAAUCACUGACAGAAUCAACAAGACAUUUAGUUGAAGAUGAUGCAGAAACUGAAAAUACUAAUAUAACAGUAUUAUUAAGAAAUAACUACACUGCAACAGGGACACCAAUCUAUCAAACAACAAGAAGAAAUUAUUCUACAGAAGUAACUCUCAACACCACUCAAUCUCAACCACUCACGGAAUCAAAUAGCGAUUUAGAAAUAGUCGGUGGAGAAGGAAGCGAAAAAAAAGAGGAGGAAAAUAUAAUUACUACAUCUUCUACGACACAAUCAACGAGUAAUACCACAACUUUUACUCGAGUUCAGUCACUGAGGGAAUCAACAAGAAAUUUAAUUGAAGAUGACGAAGAAAUCGAAAAGACUCAUAUGACAGAAUUAUUAAGAAAUAACGAAACUGCGACAGUGACAACAGUCUAUCAAGCAACAAGAAGAAAUAAUUCUAUAGAAGUACCUCUCAACACCACUCAACCUCAACCACACACAGAAUUAAAUACCGAUUUAGAGGUAGUCGAGGCUCAUGGAAGCGAAAAAAAAGAGGAGGAAAAUAAAAUUACUACGUCUUCUACGACACAAGCAACGAUGUUUACGUUGACAACAGAACAGGUAAACAUUAGCAAAUAUACAACUGUGACUCAAGCUGAACCAAUGAAAGGAUCAACAGCACUUUCUACUGAAUCCGAUGACUUCGAGGCAAGUGGAGAUUUAGAAAUAACUGGUGAUGAUGAAGAUAUGGAAAAGGUUAAACAUAUUACCAUUACAACCCAACGAGCAAGUACAAAGCGUUCAACGGAGGGUACCAGCAAUACCAAUCAGUCUCAACCACUUGGAGGUACAACAGUAAGUGCAAAAAGUGACGACUCUGAAGCGAGCGGCGAUUUUGAAAUAAUUGGAGACGAUGAAGAUGAAAACGGAAUGGAGGAAGGUAAAGUUACUGUUUCUACUACGACAAAAUUAAUAAAUAGGAGUGAGACUUCAAUAAUAAGUCAAGAAAAUGCUACAGUUAAAAUCAUUCAAGCUGAAACUGACGACUUUGAAGCAAGUGGGGAUUUAGAAAUAUUUGGAGACGAUGAAGAUGAAAACGAAAGGGCGAAAGGUAAAGUUACUGCCUCUGCUACGACAAAAUUAAUAAACAGAAGUGAGAUCCCAAUAGUAAGACCAGCAAACACUACAUUUAAAAUCACCCAAUCUGAAACUGACGACAUUGAAGCAAGUGGGGAUUUAGAAAUAUUUGGAGAUGACGAAGAAUAAACGAACGCAAAUUGAGACAUUUUAUAGUCAUCAUGUCAUCUUCUCAUUAUUAUGUUUUUCAGAAUACUAAAUAAAUAUUGAAAAGAAAUGAGCAAUCUGUACAGUGUACUUUAAUUUUAAUUUAUGCUGAGAAUACAUAUGUCGUAAUGCU